AUGGGCGAUGGGGGAGAAGAAGAAGAAGGGAGGUCAAACAGAAAUCACAAGAGAAUCGAAGGAGAUGUUGUACCUGACGAGCAGCAAGAAAGAAGAUCAUCAGAGGGGAAUCAGCAUCACCAACCACAGGAGAGGAGCAUGAUGAGGGCACUGACUAAAGAUGACCUACUGAGACUGUCACAGGAAGAACUGAUACUCAAUGAUACAUUGUCAUUCACUGCCCUCCUACAUUCAUACAUUAUAUACAAGGUACAUUCUGGAGACGCAUCAACGAAUGUUGUGGAAACUAUUCAGCAGAACUACAAGAGCAAGGUAGAUGGUAGUUUCAACACAGAAAUAGACAACAAUACAUUGGAGGGAGACUUGCAUCAUGAAGUGGCAGAAAGUGAAGAUGGUGGAGGAGAAUCUAAUCCAUGGGACAGAAACCUGUUCUACAACUUGAAUCUGCAACAGGAGCCUGAGGAUGUCGACAUAAGAGGGGCAGGAGCUAAAACAAACUCAAGCGCAGACCAUAGCAAUGAAGAAGGAGAUAGAGAAGAACAAGAAGACUCACUUGGGCAAGAUGCAGAGGAUGAAUUCCUUGAUGAAGACAUUGAGAGGUUCCUGCAAAAUGAACAAGAUGCUGCAUUAGAAGGCAAUCUCAUGAACACUAGCAGUAAUUUCAAGCCACAUUUAGGCAUGCAGUUCAAAACAAAGGAAGCACAGGAAUAUUUCAACUUCUACUCAAAAGUAGCAGGCUUUUCAGUGGCUACAGUAGCAAUCUCAAGAACAACAAGCAGAAAAAGUAACAAUGAGGUGAAAAGGAUCACUAUGAAGUACAACAAGUGGGGCAAGACAAAGGAAAUAGAGAAGGACUACAUAGUGCCCAUGAGAAAAUCUAUAGUCAUUGCUAAAACAGAUUGUAAAGUCGUGAUGGUCAUAUCAGAGAAAGGAGGCUUAUGGGAAAUUACAAGACAACAGCUAGUACACAACCAUGAAUUAACACCAAAUAGUAGAUUCUUCAGGUCUCAUAAGUACAUGUCAGAUGAAGAGAAGUGCUUGAUAAGGGUUUUGAAGCACACAAACCUGGAAUCAAGAAGGAUUGUUGCUGUCCUGGCUUACUUGUGAGGAGGAAUGGCUCAUCUUCCCUACACAAAAAAGCAUGUGACUAACUAUGCAGCAACAAUAAACAGGGAUAUCGCAAAUUCUGACAUGAUGGAAGUAGUGCAAAUGUUCAACAAGAAGCAAGCAAAAAAUCCUGGAUUUUGCUACUCGUUUGAGCUUGAUGGAGAUAAUAAAGUGAGAAGCUUAUUCUGGACAGAUGUGAGGUCAAGAAUGAUGUAUGACAUUUGUGGUGAUUGCAUCAGUUUUGACACUACAUUCCUAACAAACAGGUACAACCUACUAUUUGCACCCUUUGUGGGGAUAUCCCCGCAUGGCAACACAUACUUGUUUGCUUGUGCAUUCAUCAUCAAUGAGACAAAAGAAACAUUUGCGUGGUUGUUUGAACAAUUCCUGAUGGCUAUGGGAGGGAAGCAUCAUACAUCGAUCAUUACAGACCAGGACAAGGCAAUGCAAGCAGCAAUUGAAAAAGUCUUUCCUAAUGCGACACAUAGGAGCUGCCUCUUCCACAUAAAGAAGAAGGUAGAGGAGAAAGUCGGGCCCUGCUUCCAAGCUAAUGAGGGCCUCUACGAAGAUUUCCAGGACAUUGUGGACAACUCCUUGACCGUUGAAGAAUUUGAAACACAGUGGCAAGAAAUGAUAGAAAAAUAUCAAGUUCACCACAUCAAGUACUUCAACGACAUGUGGGAAAACAGGAAAAAGUUCAUACCAGUGUAUUUCAAGGACAAAUUCUUCCCAUUCAUACAAACUACAACAAGAAGUGAAGGAACGAAUUCCCUUUUCAAAAAAGGGGUUGGAGCUAAAUUUGGUGCUACUAGCUUUUUGAGAGAGUAUGACCGGAUACUUGAUGUUGUGCAUGACAGGGAAGAAGAAUGCGACCAUGUUUGUAGAAACAAGAAAGUUGCACAGAAAGCAUUUUGGUCAAAAUACAACAUAGAAAGGCAAGCACAUGAGCUACACAACAUUGGAAUAUUUAGGAAAUUCCAGUUUAAAAUGGCAGACACAACAAGGAUGAUGUCUUUGAGCAAGAAAAGGACAAAUACUACAUUGUGACACAAGCUGAAAACUACCCUAUGAAAGAACUCCGGAAAAGGUUAUACCUAGUGCAAGUGGGACUAAAAGAAGAAGAAUACUCUAGCAUCUGUUGCGCGCUCCAAAAAGAUGGUCUGCUGUGCUCACACAUACUUCGAGUGAUGAUCCAUCUCAACAUCGAGAAGAUACCAUAAAAAUACAUCAUUGACAGAUGGAGGAAGAGUGACUACAAGCUUGAUAUUACAAAGACACCAACUGUUACAGUUGAGAACUCCACACUAAGGUACAAUGUGUUAGCAAGGAAAUUGGUGCAUGUGGCAUCAAUAGCUUCAAAGAAGAAGAGGAAGUAUGAGUAUCUCCUAGGAGAAUUAGACAGGAUAGAGAAAAGGUUACAGGAAAUGGAUGACGAAGAAGAAACAAUUGGUGAGGGGCAGAGUGCAACAACAAGAACAGUUACAUUCGUACCAACAGCAGGAGAGGGAGAAAGAACAACAUCAUCAUUCACAAUUCAAGACCCAGAUGUAGCCAAAACAAAAGGGAGACCAAGGAUGCUAACUAUUGGUGAAGCAAUAAAGCAAAACAAGUUCUACAAA